AGACGUAAAUAUGCUGUUUUGCUUGCCUUUGCUGGCACUACACCGGCCACAUGUGUUUUCUUCGAUUGCAUCAAUAUAUGUAGGAGAUAAAUUUUGCAAGAUUCCUUUAAACUUUGCAUAUUUUAAGGAAAAUAUUUCAGAUUUGAGCUAGCGAGAUUUAAGUCAGUAUCGUCAGUAUUUAGAGAUAAAUUAGAGAAUUUUACUUCAUUAAUAAAAAGUCUCACAAGCAAAUCACACACAGCAACGAGUGGUUUUUCUUUCUCCUACGGUUACUCGUCCACUGCCUCUGAGUGGAUGUGCGUUGUCCCUUGGCCGAGCCUCAGUGGACCCUCUGGUGGCACUCGGUGAGCAUGGAGAGGACAGUGGAGCUGCCGGCGGCCACCUCCGCUGCGCCGCCCACCGAUCAGCUCGGGACGUCCCUGCUGCGCGCGAGGGGCCGCGAGAAGCGGCCAGACCAGUGGAAACGAGUGGUGCGCAAGAACCGUCGCAUCGCCGGCCAGGAAUACGUCAACACCAAGGGCCAGGUGGUCAAGUCAAAACAGAUCGGAGCCGCCUGCACGUGCCGAAUGAAGUGCUAUAAUAGGGUGGAUGAGAACACGCGGAGGAGCAUCUUCAGCGGCUUCUACGACUUGAAGAGCUACGACGAACAGAAUGCUUACCUGUUCGGCCUGAUCAGGAAGACUGAAAUCGCCCACCACUCGGCCGCCAGUUCCGAGCGGCGCACCUGCAACUAUCAGUACUUUGUGCGCUGCAAGGGCCGGGAGAUCCAGGUGUGCAAGCAGGCCUUCGCCAACAUCCACGCCAUCACGUUCAAAAAGAUCCGCAUGCUCUCCCAGAAGCUGGACCAGAACAUCAUGUUCCCGCGGGACCAGCGAGGCAAGCACAUGAACCGACGGAAGAUCUCCGAAGAAGUGAAAGACCAGGUGCGUCGGCACAUCUCGGAGGUGCUGCAGUCGACGGAGCUGCGCACCUUUCUGAAGGAGGAUAAGGUGUUCGGGCUGGACCUGAACCUCUCCAAGAUGCACAAAGACUACCUGAAGCGGUUCGAGCCGAUGGCGUUCGAGUCGUCACCUGGCUCCCCGGACAAGCUUCGUCAGGGCUACCAGACCGAAGUGAAAAUAUGGCUGUACAGCACCAUCUAUCACAACGAGUUCCGCUUCGCCAAUUUGGGCGCGCUGCGGGUGUCUCAGCAGAAGGGCGGCCGGCGGGAGGCGGCGGCGGGCUCCUCCGGUUCUGCUGCCGCCGCCGGAUCGCCCGUCAGCCGGUCGGCAGCGUCGGUGGCCCGCCGCGCCGCCGCGAGGACACUGAAGAGGGAGCGGCUGUCGGCGCCGGCGCCGGCGGUCUCUGCGCCUCCCCUGCCGCCCGUCUCGGCCGCCCAGACGGACGUCCUCCCCGGGCCCGGUCCGGCCGUGAGCCCGGCCGUCUCCGCGGCGCCGGUGGUGGUACACCACCUGCAGCUGGCCGAACAGCCAGCGCCGCCCGACCUCAUGAACCUGGCCGUCGAGCAGCUGGUGUUCCAGACGGCGCCGCGCGCCGGCGGGCCGGCCGACGCCGGUGGUGCCCCGCUGCAGCUCUGCCUCCCCAUCAGCUGCGUACAGCCGCUGAACCUGCAGGCCCAGCCGCUGGACCUCCACCACCCGCACACCGUGUUCUCAGUGCAGACCGGGACCACAGACAGCGCCUCUGGCGGCGGCGGCGCACAGUCGCACUUCGAGUCGGCGCCGCACGAUGGCGCUGCCGGCGGCACGGCGCUGACCGUGCAGGAUUACGGUGGUGCAGAGGUGCACCUGGUGACGUCAGCGGCCAGCGGCGUCACCGGGGCUGCUCUCUAUGACUGGCAGCUGACUACCGAGUGACGGCCGGCCGCCGCGCGGUGUCUACAAUACCUCAUAGGGAGCGGCCUGGCCGCCGUACGGGGUACUCAGGGGCGGGGAUAUAGGAGCCGCAGUCUUCCGUCCGACCGUGAUAGGUGGGCCCUCGACUUGACAAAUAACGCGGCGGCUGGGCGCCGUGUGCCUCUGCCUGUGUUCUGUCAGUGGAGUUCGGAAGGCUGCCCGUGGUAGCUGCGCCGGCUGUGGGUACCGGCGGGCCGGUACUGGGUGGUGGGCGUCUCGGCACGUGUCGUCUGGCGGUGUUGGUUCACCGCGCAUAACUGAGGUAGCUCGGUGCCUUGUAGCGUAGAUUGUUGGUGGGCGGGGUUUCUGUUACCUUUUUCCACCCACAAUGAUGCCUCUCAGUGGUUAUUUUGCAUGUGUUCUGUCAUUUGUAAUGGUUGAUGCUAUAUUUCUAUUUUGUAUUCACUUUAUUACCUGAUUGACAGAUAUUUUACGUAUUGUGGGAUCUAGGAACUUGGCUGAAAGGUAACCGAGAUUGUGUAGCAAUCAAAUUGGAUGCGAAGGCGACGGCAAAUUUAUCAUGACAACGCUGUCUUGGCGGAUUGUUAAGACUAGCUUAUUGCUAGUCGAUUUAUCUCAUACGUCACUAUGUAUCGUUUUUCCUGCAUGACCGACUCAUUUUUGUGAUAUGAAAGUGUAGCCGACCUCCUGCAAGCCUUCGUUGGAUGCCUUUGUUUGACGCUACCCUGCCAAGACAACAAUAAACGCAGCCGUGUAUGUA